AUGAUAAAUAGUAGCAAUGGGUCCCAACUUGUAGCUAUAGAGCUAUGCUAUGAGAACAUCAAUGGGUCCUGCAUUAAAACUUCCUACUCCCCUGGACCCCGAGUCUUCCUCUACCUGGUAUUUGGUUUUGGAAUUGUGCUGGCUGUCUUUGGAAACCUUCUGGUCAUGAUUUCAAUCCUUCACUUCAAACAGCUGCACUCUCCAGCCAAUUUUCUCAUUGCCUCCUUGGCUUGUGCUGACUUUUUGGUGGGAGUCACUGUGAUGCCCUUCAGUAUGGUGAGGUUGGUGGAGAGUUGUUGGUACUUUGGGGAGAGUUACUGUAAAUUUCACUCAUCUUUUGAUGGAUCAUUUUGUUAUUCAUCCAUUUUUCACUUGUGCUUCAUCUCCAUUGAUAGAUACGUUGCUGUUACUGACCCUCUUGUUUAUCCAACCAAAUUCACUCUAUCAAUUUCAGGAAUAUGCAUUUUGUUGUCCUGGUUCCUCGCCACUACAUAUAGUUUUUCACUUUUUUACACAGGUGCCAAUGAUGAUGGACUGGAGGAAUUAGUAAGUGCUCUUACCUGUGUGGGAGGUUGUCAAAUUGCAAUGAAUCAAAACUGGGUACUGGUAGAUUUUUUGUUGUUCUUUAUUCCCACUCUGGUUAUGGUCAUUCUUUAUUGUAAGAUUUUUCUAGUAGCUAAACAACAGGCUAGAAAGAUUGAAAGUAUGAGCAACAAAACUGAGUCAUCCUCAGAGAGUUACAAAGCCAGAGUGUCUAAGAGGGAGAGAAAAGCAGCAAAAACUCUGGGUAUUGCUGUGAUUGCAUUUGUGAUUUCAUGGUUCCCUUAUUUUAUUGAGACACUAGUUGAUGCUUACCUUGGGUUCAUCACCCCAACUUACAUUUAUGAGAUUUUCAUUUGGUUUACCUAUUAUAACUCAGCCAUGAAUCCUCUGAUUUAUGCUUUCUUUUACCCUUGGUUUCGAAGAGCAAUUAAACUUAUUAUCACUGGGAAAGUCUUCAGAGGCCACUCUUCAACAAUAGAUUUGUUUUCUGAAAAAAAGCUUUUAGAUUAA